CUGUGAAAACUCCACAGCCCGAUUAUUCCUGUAGGAAGUACCACUUGUUCCCUUCACCCACACAUUUCUCUCCAAAUUCUCAUCUUCUGUCACUCCCAGUGUCGAGAAACCCGGAAAAUCCCAUUGAAAAAAUCACCGAAUCGACUUAUAAAUAAAUUUGACAGUGCAAAGUGUAAAGACCCAUUGCCAUAAAAAAUGGGGAAAACAAAAACUGGAAAAGCAGCGACUCUAUGCACAAUCUUAGCGUUUGUUUUCGUGAUGAUUGCCUUCACCACACCCAACUGGCUGGAGACCGAUGGAAAACUGGACAAUCCAAAAUUCAUAAGACUAGGUCUGUGGCAGGUCUGCCUGAAGAACUUCCAGGACCCUCGUCACAUGUACGACACAGUUUUUGAGACGUGCUGGUGGGUCUUCGAGGAGGAGUACUACAUAAUCAGAGAUAUACUUCUACCAGAGUUCUUCGUGGCAACUCAAUUUUUCUUCACCCUGUGCCUGACGCUUCUCCUGAUCGGUGGUUUUCUCACAGCUCUCUACACCUGUUGCUCGCGUUCACAGGCGCAUUACCAGGAGUUGCUGUGGGCUAUUGGAGGAAAUCUGACGAUAUCUGGUGUCAGUGGACUCAUUGCCUGCAUCAUCUUCGGAGCGAGAGGAGAUGGCAGGGACUGGAUGCCGAAUUGGGAGCACAAUGAUAUCUCCUGGUCGUUCGCUAUGGCUGUCGUUGGAAGUGUUUUUCUACUCGCUGCUGGGAUGCUCUUCCUCGUCGAGGCCAGGAGGCACAAGAAAAGGCUCGAGAGAAUGCUCGAUGAAGAACCCAAAACCCACACCACAAUCUAAUUAAAAUUCAAUCAUUAGGGGGUCACUGAGGGAGAACUGAGAUUCCAAAAAUAUUUCCCGUACGAAAUCUGUCGGGAAAAUGACAUUACAUUGUCUUCAGAAUUUUUAUUGAAAUUCCUGGAAGACUAAAGAACGAAUUCCGUCCAUUACUCAAAUUGCCUUGAGAAUCUCAUGGAGAUUGUUAAUAUUUGUAAAUAGUUAUUAACUUUGGAUUAUUUUGUGAGGUUUUACAAACCACGUCGAUUUUUAUUCAAUUAACAAUCCUUGAUUUCCAUGUUUACUUUUUAUGCAAUAUUUAUAUAGGAAUGAAUAAAUCUUUCUAAUAAAAUUGAUAAUGCGUAUUCGUAA